CGUUCAUUGAGCGGUGGUCCAUUGAGUCGCGCUCGCGCUCAUUACCGCUCCGGGGGCCGGCACAGCGCGCACGCACCGCGCGCCGAUCCGCACUCACCGCACCGACGCACUGCCCACCACAUGUCGCCCCUCGUCUCGCGAUACAAUAUGGAGAACUUUUCAAAGUCGCACAUUUGGCUGACCGCAGCGGCGCUUUUGACGGCCUUCGGAAUCUGUGCAGGCGCCGGCGUCGGUGGCAGGAAACCGUUUACGCCGACCGAUUCUAUACUCGACAUCAUCGACACCAAGCAAGUGGAGAGGUUUCUCGAGCAACGAAGACGAGCCGAGCAGGCCACUGCUCCCUCUACUACAUACGUGCAAAGAAACGAACUUGGCGACGGAAGUUCGGAGAGUGGUUCGAUUGUUUCCGUACCCGACCAGGAGGACGCCACCGAAAUACCUCCGGGAAUCGAAUUUCGGAAAAUUUUAAAAUCGUCAAAAAAUGCGCUCAUCGUUACGAAAAAGGAGUACCUCAAGGAAGAUUGGUGCAAAACGGAACCUCUGGUGCAAAAGAUCAGAGAGCCGGGAUGCAUUCCGACUACUGUCAUCAACAAGUUCUGUUACGGGCAGUGUAAUUCAUUCUAUAUACCAAAAGGUCCGCGGCGCCGCGACAACAGCGAUCGCCCGCAACCGGCAUUCAAAUCCUGCUCAUUCUGCAGGCCGAAGAACUUCACAUGGAUCACGGUGACGCUGCGGUGUCCCGGACAGAAUCCACCGUUCAGACGGAAGCGUUUACAGAAAAUAAAACAGUGCAAGUGUAUUUCUGUGGGUGUCAAUUGACCGGGGUUCCAAUGAUGGACCCUUGUCUACCAGAGGCGGUGCGACCGUCGAGGCUCCAUUGGAGCACCAUCACGCGACAGGAGCAGUACCAAUCAACAGGAGCCAGCAACGUGAAGAUUAGCAGCUAGUUCCCGAU